GCCAGUCCUACGUAAGCAGGCGUCGUCAGCGGAGACAGCUAACCAGAGAGGGCGCUGGCGCGGGUGCGCGGGCGGCGCAGUUCGCCCGGCCGCCGCGUAGCGGCGCCACCGGCGGCGAACUACAUUCCUCCGGCGGCGGAGGCAGACGGUAGCGGGAAGGAAGGCUGGCUGGCAUUCCUGCGCGCCUUGCUGCUCGCCCGCCGACAGUCGGCCGAGCGCAGUGCUACGGUGUGGUGUGGUGUGUAUGUGUUCGGGAGCAGGGGCGGUGGGGGUUUCGUUUUUUUUUUUUUUUUAAUUGCUUUUGUCGCGACUCUCGCCUCCGCUCCCGUAGCGGCUCCUAUCCGUAACUUGGCUUUCGACGGGUAGUCGAAAAUGGCUCAGAACAUUAAUCAGGACGUGGACCAACAUAAAAGCAAUUUGGUAGUGCGGAUAGACCAAGACUCGGACUCUGACUUGCAAGCCCUUUUCGACAGCGUGCUCCGACCGGACAAGAAGCGACCGCUGCAGGUGCCGCUGCGUAUGCGCAAGCUGCCAGAUUCGUUUUUCACACCCCCUUCGACGGGAUCGAAGUCGCCCUCAGUGUCGUCCAUCUCGCACAGUCGCGACAACUCCGCGGACUCUGCCUUCGGGACGGCGUCGGUGGCCGCCGGCCCCACGAGCGGCGGAGGCAACGGCGCCUCGGGGGCGGCCGCAGGCCUGCAGGUGAACCACCCGCGUGCGCACAGCUCGCCCGCGUCGCUGCAGCAGACGUACGCCUCGGCCCAGCAGCAGCAGCAGCAGCAACAACACCAGCACCUGAAGCAGCGCAGCUACGACAUGACGCCCGUGGACGAGCUGGGCCCGCUGCCGCCGGGCUGGGAGCAGGCGCGCACGCCCGAGGGCCAGGUCUACUACCUCAACCACAUCACGCGGACGACCACGUGGGAGGACCCGCGGAAGACGCUGGCGGCGCAGGUGGCGCAGUCCCAGCAGCAGCAGCAGCAGCAACAGCAGCAGCAGCAGGCUGCCGACAUCAUCGCCGGCGCCAGCUCGGGGGGAUCCCCACACUCCUCGUCGUCGCCUCAGCCAGCGGGAGGCAAGGGUGCGGGCGCAGACGCGACCGGCCUGGGCCCGCUGCCCGAGGGCUGGGAGCAGGCCACCACGGCCGAGGGCGAGCUCUAUUUCAUCAACCACCAGACGCGCACCACCUCCUGGUUCGACCCCCGGAUACCAACAGCUUUGUGGUCCAGCACAACCAUUCCACCCCUCGUUCAACGCAUGCGUGUGCUCAGACUGUUGGCAGCUAACACUAUGCAGCUCCAGAGGUCACCAGUGGGGAGUAUUUUGCCACAGCAUGGUGCCAGUUGGAUUCAGCCACUCACUUCUCAGUCUCUGCAAGCUUGCCAGCAAAAGCUCAGAUUACAGUCACUGCAGAUGGAAAGGGAACGUUUGAAACUGAGGCAGCAAGAGAUUUUCAGACAGCAAGAGCUCAUGAUGAGGCAACCAACAACAGAUUUGGCCACAUCAGCUGGGAUGGAUCCAUUCCUGUCAGGGCUGACAGAUCAUUCACGACAAGAAUCUGCAGAUAGUGGACUUGGUAUGGGUACAAGCUAUUCAUUGCCACACACACCAGAAGACUUUCUCACCAAUAUGGAUGACAAUAUGGAUGGAGUUAGUGAAGGGGGAAAUCCAGCCGAUAUAGCUGGUCUCGAUGGCCCAGAGUUGAGCUCCUUGAGUGACAACAUUGAUUCGACAGAUGACCUUGUUCCUUCCCUCCAGCUUGGAGAAGUGGGUGAAGAUUUUUCAAGUGAGAUUUUGAAUGAAGUGCUGAUGAAUCCAAAUAAUCAUAAACCAGAUAAUGUUCUCACAUGGCUGUAAAAAUGGUGCUGCUGCAGCCAAACAGUAUGGAAUGCAAAUGCAGAACUGUGUUUAAAAAGCGCAAGUGUUAAGCUUCUGACCACAAACAAUGAUCUGACUAUAUUGGUGUGUCAAAUAGCUGUUCACAAUCACAACUGAACUCAACACUGUGCUCAGAUGAAAAGCUUCAUUCGGAAGCAGCUUAGCUGGUGAGAGUCAGGUUAGAGAUAACAUGCAGUUUAAUUGUAUCAGUUUUAUGUAGGGUUUGGGAAUACACAAAACAUUAACUUCUCCUUUGCAAUCACCAAAUUAAUGUGGGAUGCAAAAUUUGAAAAAAGUAUAUUAUUAGUAUGUAUAUUUUAAUAACUGGAAUUGUAAUAUUAGAAUGGUGUCAUAUUUAUUGCACCAUUAAGUUGAUGUAAUGUUAGCAGAACAUAAAUUGGUUUGAGAAUAACAGUAAUGCUUAAGUCGUGUUCUCUAUAACUUUUUCUCACUGGCUAGAUAUUUUCCGAAUGGACUUUGCACUGAAUUUGUUGUGGUCUGUUAUGACAACAUCUUAAACUACAAAUUUUUUGUACAGUAAACAUCUCAUGUAAGAUGUUGUUUCAUAACUUUCCAGCAAUACCCAAUUUCAUUUAUGUCUUCACAAUUGCAUGACUACUGUGUUUUUAUAUACAGAAAGCAAGACCGUCCACAUUCGUAAGCAAUAUUCUAGUUUGUAUAGUAGCAAUAAUAACUAAGUAUAAGUAUUAAUGUCACAAACUGAACUGAUCACAGUGAUGUACUAUAAUACAGCAUACUAAAUUGUAAUUUUAAAAUGUUAAUACACAUUAUUUGAAAAACAGUUUUACAGUGCAAAGUUUAUAUUUUGAUGUCAUUUUUGUAACAAUUAAGAUUUGAAAGAAAUGUUAAUUCCACACAUAAUUAUUGUUUCAUAGCAAUGAAUUAGUAACAGAAAAUCUUCAAUAUGUCCCAAUAUUUGAGACUGCUUUUCCUGUAAAUUGAUUGCUCAGUUACAUGAUAAAAAAUUGAGGCCGCUAAAAAUCAGAAAGCUCUCUCUGUAGCUACUAACAGCUAAGCACUAUGCUUGUGGACAAUAUUUUCAACUGUGUACUACAAAAAAUUAUCUCUAAAGGAGAAAGAGGAGAAGAAAUGAAAUCAUUUGUAUUGCUCAAUGGAGCAGCUACUAUUGUUGCAUUUAUUUGCAAUGUCACAUACUGCUGAUUGCAAUAGGAUUGUGUAAAAGCAGUGAAGGGAAAAAAAAUUCCUUGUCAGUCUGUGUGUACAAACACUGCUUGAAAUUAUCUACAUAGUUUUCCAUGACAUGUGGAAUUUGAAACUAAAAUAUCACUUAAACAUUCCAGUCACAACCACAAUAGCAGAAAAGUAUCCAUUCACAUCUUGUUAUCACUUUUGAACACAUUUAUUUAAAAAAAUAGUGUUGCUAAUAGUCAUUGUGGCAGUCCCAUUAUUUACAAUAUAUAACUUGUCCAACAAUAUAAUUGAAGGCAUCUUUCACAUUAAAUAUUAAAUAACCUUCUCCCAUGUGUUAAAUUAAAAUCCUCUGAAAAUAUGUGAGCAAUUCCAGUGUGAAAAUUGUGUAUGUGAGUAAAUGCAAACCACAAAUUGUUUAUUAUUCAGUUUAAACUUAACUGGCUGUUUAUGGCUUAGCACAGACAGUGACUGGACAAAGUUUUUAAACAUAUGCAUAUUGCAAUGAAAUAUUUCAUCAUAUCUCACCCCCUUCUAUACAGAAACUUCUUCAAGGAUUGUAUUAUUCUUCUGUGUUCUGUCACUGAACAUAUCACAACACAUGCUGAACAGUGAAGCUGUCUUCAUGUAAAAUAGCACUCACAACUAAAAAUAGGUGUGACUCUACAUCUUUUAUAAAUGGUGUAAGGAGUUAUUAAUAGUUGUUGACAAUUUUCAUUACCGAAUGUCCCAACAUAUCCCUCCCUCUUUGCUCCCAAUUCAUGAAACAGUAAUUCUUCUCUCAUUCUAGGAUAACCAGUCAGACAUAUAUUGGGACUGUCAACAUUGAAUGCACUCAGUGCUCCAGGUGGUUUCACAGCUAAACUAGUAGUGGAGCAGUUCUGUUGUUAGCAUUCAGUUGAGUUUCACUUAGCUAUGUUGUGAUCCAUGCUCUUGCAUCUCUGACACAUAUUAAAAUCACAGAGUCUUCCACUGCCAAUGUAACAGUAAUUUCACAAAGUAAUAUUAAAAGUCAUAGGUAUUGUAGCAUUGGCAUUAGAAUACUUUGUAUUUUGUUACCCUAUGUCUAUGUUCUUGAGAGAUAGUAAGAGCAAUUGGAUGUAGAACACAACAUUACAAAAAAAUUUUGCUUGAGUACUUAUUACAUGAAAAUGUGUAACAAAAUGCUCAAAGUAUAGUGGAACUGGAAAUAUUCCAGAUGAAAUGAUCCAUCCAUAAGAGGUGCCUUUUCUGUGAACAUAUAUUCUACAGCAAUAUACUUUGUUAUGUGUUUUAUCUUGGUAAUUUUGAUGCCUAUUCUUACACACACACAAAUAUAUAUCUAUACAUAUAUAUCUCUGCAUUCAUUGUAUUUUCAUAGAUCAGUUCCACUACUAUAUUUUUAAGUCAAACAAAUAUAUUACUGAAGUUUAUGACCACACUUGUUGUAUUUACUGUUAGUGCCUUUUCACUCUGUUCCUAAAUAAGAAAUUGCUCCCACUUGUACUGUAGCAAAAAGUUUGUCAUUACUUAAGCAGAAAAGCUAGACAUUUUUACAUUAGACCAACAAAUAAUAAAAUGUCUAGCUUUUUAGUUUGCCUUGCUCAUAGUGGCUCUACUUGGUUGUAACUUUAUUUUUCAUGUGCUGCAUUUUUGUAGAUAAUGUGUACUGAUAGAGCACUCAUUUAUCACAAAAUAAUUUUAUGAAACAGUUAAGACUACUCAAAAAAUGGGUACAAUGAAAUUUUUUUCCUUAUUUUUUCAAAUUCAGAUUAUUUAGUCCAACAAUCUCUCUACAUCAUAAUUCAGAAACAAAAAAUAUUAGUGUAUUUUUAAGAAAGAAUGUUUGGUUAAUCUAAAUGUAGAACAGCCAAAAUUCAUUUAUUUUACAGAUAAGAAUUCAAGAUCUUUUUAAAGUUUAAUUUAAGUAUUGACUAAUAAUGUAUAAAUUUUAUAUGAUUAUUAAUAACUUGUUAAACAUUUAUAUGAUAGGUUUUUAAAAGAUAUACAGGAAUAUUUGUUUGUACUGUAAGAUUGCAUAAAGUCUUUGGUUUUGGGUUUGAUAAAUGUCUUUGUAGGAAAAUUAUCAUGUAAAAGAGUUUGCUACUUUACCAAACAUGAGAAAUAAUGUGUUUUGUGUAAGUAUCUUAAAUUACUCCUCAAUCAGAUCACAUUGACUAAUUUUGUUUUAAUAUUAUACCCAAGUGUAGCUAUGAGAAGGCAUUUCAUGUUUUCCACAAUUUUUGUCAUUUGUACAUAUAAGAAAUUAUAUUCGUUGUUAAGAAUAUGAGCAAUUAGAAAAAUAGUUAUUCAUGUAAUGAUUUUUCUUUACAGAAAUAUAUUUAGUAUUUUACCCA